AUGUGGGAUAAAAUGGAGACCCCAACGAUUGUGUACGAUCUGGAUACCUCCGGUGGUCUAAUGGAGCAAAUCCAGACAUUGCUUGCACCACCGAAGUCAGAAGACGGCGAGAAACGAAGUCGCAAACUUGACAGGAGCACUAGGAGAACUGGCCGAGCCACGAACCACGACACCUGCGACAGUUGCCGAGAAGGAGGGGACCUCCUGUGUUGUGAUCAUUGCCCCGCUGCCUUUCACCUACAAUGCUGUAAUCCACCUCUGAGUAGGGAGAUGCUGCCCCCUGGUGACUGGAUGUGUCAUCGCUGCACUGUCCGUAAAAAGAAACGUGAGCAGAAGAAGGAACAGAUCAAUGGACUUCUGGAGAAGCAAAUGGCUAAACAGUCGCCCUCCCCUGCGGCCGAGCUGGAGCUGGGGACCCUGCGGUUGGACCCCGCCGUCGGAGUGGGAGCACCGGGGCUGCGGGCGGCCGUGGCCCAGGUCCGACUCCUGGAGAGGAGGCCCAGCAGUCGGCCGGCGACCCCCACCUCCAACGCCUCGUCCACGGACACGCCCACGCCCUCGGAGCAGAACGACAUGGAGGAGGACCUGCUGGACGUGGAGGACGAAGCUCAAGGCUCGGAGCCGGAGAGUUCUGGCGCCCAGACGACCCUGAAGAGACCUUUUGACCUCCUGAUCGCCGCCGCCAUGCAGAGAAAUCCCACGCAGUUCCAGCUGCCAACUGACCUCACCUGCACAACCGCACUUCCAGGGACGAGUAAAAAGAGGAGGAGAGAGGAGAUGACUGGGAAGAACGUAAAGCGUCCGCAGCAUGAGCUGGAUCACAAUGGGCUGGUCCCACUGCCAGUCAAAGUCUGCUACACCUGCAGCAGGAGCUGCAGACUGGCGCCGCUGAUCCAAUGUGAUUACUGCCCCCUCCUGUUCCACAUGGACUGUCUGGACCCCCCCCUCACGGCCAUGCCCGCCGGGCGCUGGAUGUGCCCUAACCACAUUGAACAUCUGGUGCUAAACCAGAGAAGCCUGACCCUGAGUAACCGCUGUCAGCUCUUCGACCAGUUCCAGAACCGCGUGUCCCAGCAUGCCGUCAAAGUGGACUUCCUGCAGCGUAUCCACCGCCAAAACCCACCCACACGACGGACGGCCCACCCACCCAGCAAGAAGACCCUUAAGGUCCCACACGCCAUUAAGGCCCAGUACCAGAAUCCUCCUUCCAUGUUACCUCCCGCUGGGAUUCGCAACGGGGAGCUGAUCUGCACCAGCGUUCCAGACGCUUCCCAGCACCAACCCUCACUCAACCAGCACUUAACCAGUGACACUGAGCAGGAGCAGUGGCUCAGAGACGUCAUCUCGCUCCAGUGUAGCAUCAUGCGGCAUCUGUCUGGCCGGCAGAAGCCCUCCCCUCGCUGGCACUCAGACCAGAUGGAGAAGGCUGAACUCACAGACUCUGUCCCCGUCGACUCUGUCCCCGUCUCCUCCAAACCCUGCAGUUCGCCCGCCGGCCCCCAGGGGGCAGCCAUCCUCAACUCAGUGGAGAUCAGAGAAGGGGGGCAGGGGUCGUGCAGUUCGUGCUCUGAGAGGCCGUGUCAGAACUGUGGGACCACUAAUGGUCCUGUGGAAAGACUGGCCCAGCCAAACGGGAAACAGGAGGCCAGAAUCACACAGGAUGACCCCCAGCGUAGGCUGACAGACAACCCUCUGGGUCCUGAAGCACCACACCCUGACACCCCUCCCCCCACGGCUCCCGAUUUGUUGAAUCACGCCAGCCCUGUGGCCACAGUGAAAACAGAGGACUCCACGUUAAAGAUCUGUGCGGGACUAGAAACUCCGCCCUCUGCUGGCUUCAGAUCAGAACUUAGCCCCUCCUCUCACAUCGUAAGGAGUCCAGCAGAAGGCAGGCCCGCCCCCUCGCUAGCCAAGUGCAUCGCAUCCUCUCCUACCGCCGGCACACGAGCCGUCACACCACCCAGGGACAUGGGGACAGGCUUCCAAGACUCUCCAGCACCCCCGUCUGAUGGGAAAGUCAGUCUGGAUGCUGUGACACCUGGCGGUGGUGCUCUCUUUCCCGCCUCCGACUUCACCGACCUGGGAGAGCUCAGCAGCUGCCUGAAGGAUCUGAUGAAAGAAGAUGGAGAAAUUGAGCUGAGUGCGUUAGACGAGAGGUUCGUGAAACUCCUGGCAUGGCAGCGGAUCCAGCAGCUCUUUGACCCCAAAGCACUUCCCCCCCAGACAGGCUGUGUGUCCCCCGCCGCCCUCAGACACGCAGCACAAAACAAGGAUGUGCAGGCCAGGGCGUCGUUUUACCCGCUGUCGGGAAAGGGCGAUGCCGUCAGCAUGUGCUACAGAACCCUGUACAUUGGAACUGGUGCUGAUAUGGACGUGUGCCUUACAAACUACGGCCAUUGUAAUUAUGUGUCGGGAAAGCACGCCUGCAUAUUCUACGACGAGAACACCAAACAGUACGAGCUGUUAAACUACAGCGAACACGGCACGACGGUGGACAACGUGCUCUACUCCUGUGACUUCUCAGAGAAGAGCAGCCCCAGCCCCUCCAGCAGCCUGGUCUCCAAGGUCCAGAGCAUCAUCCGACGUUGUAAGAAGAGAAAACAGGAGGAGGGGGAGGAGGAGGCCACGGACGCCGGCGCGGGGUCGGAGGGCGCCGUGAUGAGCAGUCGGCCACAGGAAGUACUCCUCACGCCCUGCAACUGCAAAGCCAGCGGCUCGAGCCUGAUUGGGGGCAGCGGGGCGGGCUGGGAAGGCACGGCCCUGCUCCACCACGGCAGCUGCGUCAAACUGGGCUGCCUCCAGUUCGUCUUCAGCGUCACAGAGUUCGCCAGCAAGCAGCCCAAGGAAGAGACCUGCGCCAUCAGCUGUAGCCCUGACUCUGGUCAGCAAGGGCCACACCCACCACACAAGACCAGCCCCCAGCUCCACCACCUCCCACUGCUACACCACAACCCUGUCCCAUAGCUGCCAACAGCUCUCUGUUCCCACGGCAACACCACCAGCCUCAGUAGCUGAUAUGUAUAAUGUAUAAGCUCUUGUUUCGGUUAUUUAAUUGUUGAUACAUUUGCAUGAAGUGAAGUACUUUACUGGCUCAGAUUCUUGUGGGCAAAGUUGC